GGUACUACUAUAUGGUUGACAACAAGAAAGAUGGGGUCGAGAAAGGAUGGCCGUCUAAACAACAACAGCAACGACGGCCAAAAAACUAACAGAUUCUUAUACAAAUCAACGGCGCAGAAAAAUGACCCAUGGCGCGAUCAAGACGACGGUGAUGAUUUUCACAUUACUUCGCAAAAUAAGCCAAUAAAUACCAAAAAAAGAACCACUUCUUCACCAGGUUUUGACUUGGACAACGUGUGGAGUAUUCGCAAGAAUGUCCAAGUCAGUUCGUCAAUAAAAAAUGGUACGGCGCUCAAAACCACUGGGAAAUCAUUUUAUUCAAGACAUGGUGGAAUCGCAGGUAAUUCAUCGAAUUUAUCCAAAAAACCGCGUCUGAUCCCAAAUCCUUUUAUCGCAAGCAACAGCAAGAGUCUAGGGAUUUCAGAAUAUCUUAAUCUGAUAUCAGAGGCAGUUUUCACAGUUACAUUUAAGAAAAAAGCGGCAAGUUUCUUUGGUCUCAGUACUACCGUCCCCCUCCCCCUAAGUCUGGCUGUAACCGUGAGGGAACUAGGUACUACUAUAUGGUUGACAACAAGAAAGAUGGGGUCGAGAAAGGAUGGCCGUCUAAACAACAACAGCAACGACGGCCAAAAAACUAACAGAUUCUUAUACAAAUCAACGGCRCAGAAAAAUGACCCAUGGCGCGAUCAAGACGAYGGUGAUGAUUUUCACAUUACUUCGCAAAAUAAGCCAAUAAAUACCAAAAAAAGAACCACUUCUUCACCAGGUUUUGACUUGGACAACGUGUGGAGUAUUCGCAAGAAUGUCCAAGUCAGUUCGUCAAUAAAAAAUGGUACGGCGCUCAAAACCACUGGGAAAUCAUUUUAUUCAAGACAUGGUGGAAUCGCAGGUAAUUCAUCGAAUUUAUCCAAAAAACCGCGUAUCGAUCAGGAUCAGCAAACACCUGGGCAGUCCACUUUUGAGUCAAAGAGCUGGAGACCAGGAUAUUCAUAUUCUGACAGAUUCUCAAAUAAUGAUAAUGAUGGCAGUAGUGGCGGUGGUGGUACCAAUAAUGCAGACUUUGACAGGGAGUUUGGAGAUGUCAUUGGAAUGGAUGACAACAGAAGAAAAGAGCAAGAAGAAUUUGAAUCUAAGAUGAAUAAGAUGAAUGUUCGACUUCCAAUGCCAGGGGCUCCCCGAAUUGCAACAAGAGAGAUGUCUGCAAGAACAAAACGAGCUCACAUGAUGCAUGAAGCACACUUGAAGUCCAGCGGACUUGGUCAAUUCACAUCUUCAAGUGGGCCAUAUAAUCGUCAACUGGAUGAAAAUGAACAAGUGAAAUGGGAAAAGAAUGACGAGUUUUCAUGACAACUGCACAAUGAAGAGAACAUAGUGAAUGUAUAUAUAUUGAAUAAUAGAUCAAAUGAUUAUAAUUAUGUCCCAUUUUUAUGGAAAAUAUAUCAGCACAUUGAUAGUUGCUUGAUAUCCUUCUGAAAUUGAUUGAUUGGUUUCUGACAUGCAAUUUUAACCUUAUUUCCUGCCAAUCAGUGAUUGAUGAUAGAAGGGGAAAUUACCUGUCAGUGAUCAUGCUAGUCGUAAUAUCCUAUCUAAACAUCAGCUGUAGACUUUCUUAUGUAGUUUGCUGAAGGGCGUAAGAUGUCUGAUACAAGGAGAAAUUAGUAUGUCAUGCUAGUCAAAUAUUCUAGCCUCUACUUGCAGACAUCUUGUGUAGUUUGCUGAAGGACAUAAGAUGUCUGCAUUGGAAAGUAAUUUCAAUUUAUGUUUUUGUUUUGUUUUUUAAUGACAAUUAUUUUUGCUUAAUUAUUUAACAACAAAGAUGGCAAUUGUAUAUAUAUUUGUGUGUGCCAUCUAUAAAUCAUGUAAAAUAUAGAAUUUCUGUAUCAUAAAAAAGUAAAACCUUUGUUAGGUGGGACUUCUUCUUGACAUUUCUGUACUGUUUGGCRCUUUGAUUAGGUGGGGUAGAGUGUCAUGUUUUUASUCAUUCCUCUUGUCUCCAUUCUUCCUCUAUUUACUCACCAUAGAAAGCCCAAUAACUAAGAAUUGAUGGAGUAACCUGAGAUACAGUUGUUUAGUUUAUUUGAUUUUUUAUUUGUUUAGUUUAUAUUUAUAGUAAGAGGUUUAUAGAUCCAAAAAAUAUGUAGACAAAUAUGUCUCAGGAAUAGUGUCACAAAGUUUGGUUAAUGAAACAUGCUUUAUGAAACUAACUUGUGAAUUGUGACAUGAUGAACAUUUAUUUUCAAAAUACUUUCCAUCAGCUUUAAGCUAAUAUAAUUUUCAGGUACUACAAUUUUUAUAGCAGAAAUUAGAUGAUUUUUUGUCUUCGUGGCAGCUAUUCUUGAUAAAUUUAAGUUUAUUUUCACCAAUAACUAGAGGAAUUGUCUACACUCGUCUACACUGUAAUUAUUGUGUAUAUAAUAAAUUAUGUAAAAAAAUGAUGAUUGAAACCAAAUAAAAUUACCAGAUAC